AUGUACAAUCUGCCUUUGCAAGACCACGCCCCCGCGGCAGAGCCCUCUACGUCUGACCCCCAGUUGAACAUACAGCCUGAACUCACACUGCCUCCCCCAAGGCAGACGCCACCAGUACUAGACUCGUCACACACACCAAUGCCGGGCAUAUACAAUUUCCGUGUCAGAUUGGGACAUUUUGAUAGCACCAAUCCCACAGGAAAACUGACCGGCUCCACCACGUACUCAUCGCUUCUGGACCGCCUGUUCAUCAACAUGGGUGUGUACACCCCUAUCACACUCUUUUCGCACACCCCACCCCCCGAAGGGGCCGUUGUCCGGUGCUUUGUCGUGUUCUCAAGCCAAGAGAAAUGUACCACCACCGUGACAAGAUGUCCAAACCACCGGAGCGCCACAGACCACUCCAACACAGGCAACGACCCGCAGAAAGCCCCACUGACCCAUAUACUGCAGGUCAGCCAUCCGCAGGCACAGUACCUGACAACGCCCUCGGGUGUGGAGUCAGCCGUGGUCCCCUACAAUGCGCGGGAGAGCAGCGUAAAGAAUAGCGCGGCGAAGAAAGAACGAACCGCCGGUUUUGGCGCGUUCCAAGACACCACGUCGAUACGAUACAUGUGUUACUCGUCCUGUGCCGGUUCUAUAAAUAGAGAGAACAUACACACCGUAUUCCGACUAGAACUGGGUAGUGACAUACUCGGGGUGGCGUCACUAGAUACGAAGAUUUGUUCGUGCCCGUCGCGUGACCGGACCAAAGCCGAGAAGCUCACCCGUCAGCAGGAGGCAUCAGGUACCACUGGUAGUAGUAGGAAAAGGAGUGAGAAAGGCCGAGACAGUCCGAGCCAUUCCACAGAUAUCGCGUCGACAGGGGCAACCAAAGACUCGCAUACCAGUGAACGCAUACAGGCGCCCUCGAUAGUACACCCACACAGCUCACAGGCCACACUCGUCGGCAAGCGCAGUCAGCGGUUGAUACAGAACGUACAGCACAAGCUACCGACGAGGAUCAACACAGCCGACACGCACACAGCCCACCCCAUGCGAUGGAGCACCGCACAGAGUACCAGAAUAGCAACAGCAGAUAGUACUGUAGGUAUCGACGAGGAUGCCGUGUACUAUGUGGCUGUUCGAGGGCGACAGAACUAUGAGGUGCUGAGUCGUGUUGCGGAUGGCCUCAACGCGCUCGCGCAACGCCCACCCAGAGCGCGUUCAUUCAGGCAACACAAUCCACUACCUACGAGAACGCCGUCCCUACUCGUCACGAGCAAUCCACCGCCGCCACCAACCACUACAGCCAACACAGCAGCCCCCACAAACACAAACACAAACACCAACACCAACACAUCCACCGAUACAAAAACUGUGUUCAGCAGGCCUGGACAGAACAGUACUAUACCGUCUCUAUCUAGUAGACGAAACCCUUCGUUGGUUUCUUCAACAACCUCUGUACCGCCAGCACAACCACGGACUGCCGCCUCCAGCCGAUCAUUGCGUACUGUGCCCAGUCGAGAGAGACGCGUCUCAGGGACAGUGCCAAGCGAUGUACCUGUGAGUGAAUCACCGGCCAGGAAUACGAGGUAG